AUGCACUUCGGUGAGAGGGAUUACAGCAAAAAUGGUCAUAGAACUAUUAUUUUCAAGAAUACAGACACGAAACAACAGCGAAUAGGCCUUUCAAAAACAGAUAUUAGAAAGAUCGAAAUAAUUUACGGACCCGAAUGCCAGAGAAGGGAUCGUCAAGCAAAAAUCGAUAUUUGCAAAAACUACCCGGUUCUAAGGAAGAAACGGGAAAUCAAUAUCACUUUAGGAAGUUUGAGAGUUAAUCGAAAUAUAACCGCUCCACCAGAAAACUUAACAGAUGAACUAACACAAAGCAUAAACGAAUUAGGCAUAACUAAUGAAUUACAGAAGCUAAUUGAACAUGUUCAUAAAAUAACUGCAGUCGCUUUGGAAAACGCAAGAAUAAAACACUGUAAUAACUCAAAAGAGAAAACUGAUAAUAAUAAUGAAAAUAACGCUUUUAAUCCUACAAAUGAUAUUACAAAAGUGAUAGAAGUUGUAAAAGAUUAUGCCGAAUCUGUAAUUAAAAAGGUGGAAACUAAUUUAACGGCUUUCUGUGAUAGCACAGACUCUAUAGAUAUAUUUCAUAUAGGACGUUGUAGGGGAAACGAAAAUAGAUGCCCAGGCUAUUAUAAAUCUACAAAAUCCGAUCAAAUGAAAUAUUCAACACAGUAUAGACCCUAUAUCGUACGAUCAACAAGACAUGAUGGUAAAGGGCAUAAACUCCAAUAUGAUGAUCACUGGUUAAGAACGAACAAUAAUAGUGAGACAAGAGGGAAGAGAGAUUUGACAGGUGUCAUAGAUAAUCAAUCUACAGAUAAAAUAGAUGUUGCAAAUGUAACAACAUCGGGCAAUGCGAGUAAGGAGGUUUUAAGGAUGGGUACAACAAUUAUAAGUCAAAACAUUGUUAAUUUCGCGUCAUUGCGGAGGUUUGGGAAUCGAAAACAUAGUUUAAAUCGAAAUAAGGAACGUCAACCAGAAAUAGGAGACGAAUCUUAUGUAUCAUUGGAAAAACCUAAAAACAGUAAAAAAAUCGAGAAAAAUCGUCCUGAAUUUAUCAACGUAGAAUUAAACCCACAAAAAUUAACGAUAAACCGCCAAGAAAGAUAUAGAGAGAGAAAAGAGAAGGAGAGAAAUAUAAAAGAUCGGGAAGAAGUAAUACAUUUAGCAGAUGGCAUUGUGGACACGCUGGGACCAAAAAGGCAAAAGAUUCAUAAAGAAAGAAAAAGGACGAGCGUGCCAGAGACAGUAGAACUCUCGAAAAAGAACAAGGAGUUUUACGCUGAACGAGUGUGGCCUGAUGGCAUCGUGCGAUAUGUUAUAACAGAAGAUUCAAAUUAUGACUUACAAGGCAUGCGUGCGCGUUUGGCGGAAGUCAAUAAUAUAUUGAAGAAAAAAACCUGCGUUCGAAUAGAGGAAGUGUCGGAGAGAGAGGGACAGAAGUAUGAGGACUAUCUCGUUCUAGACGGAAGCGCUGAUUACGUCACAGGCACAGUGGGAGGAAAGCAGGUAAGUUCUAACUUUUUAAUUCAA